AUGUCGACAAGGAAUUUGACAGCAGGUUCUCCUCAUGCAGAUUCCCAGCCAUCGUCUGAUGAUAACGAUGUGCGGAAUCCAUUCAACCAGGACUAUGAGGUGCAAAGUUUUGAUGAUGAUAGUUCUAACUCCUACGGAAAUGACCAACUCUCAAAGCCUUUUCUAGAUUCGCGAGACUCCUCCUCCACAAACGCGCUAUUGGGCGGAGCCAUGACACCUCUGGAGUAUGAUAGGUACCCCCAACCAGUUUCGAACAAUUCGAGGGUGAUUUCAUUAGCGUCUUCGCGUGCAAGUUUGAACAAUGGCUACAAGGCUGCCAAACGCGGUUCUUACAGCGGAUCGUCUUCCACCAGCGACAAGUCUGGUAAUCCGUUCCAGAUUGACACAGAUUUUUCGCCAUUUGGAGGAUAUCCAGCUUCCUCGUUCCCGCUUCACAUAGAUGAAAAGGAGGCGGACGAUUACUUGCACAACCCGGAUCCCAUUGUGGAUGCACAGUACGAGAAGAACAGAUUUGUUAGUGACCUCAAGAGCAUGGACAAAAGAUCUUUAGGGGGUCUUUUUGGUCUGUUGUUUUUACUUUUGGGUGGUGUUGCUGUGUUUGUGAUUCUGCCUGUUCUCACAUAUAGUGGGGCUACGACCCACUCCAAGUGGCUUGACACAUACACGAUUCUCACGGAAUACUCGUAUCCGCAGCUUUCUGCGAUUCGUACUGAGAUGGUGGAUCCAGACACUCCUGAUUCUGCUUAUACGAGAGAAGCCAAGGAUGGAUCAUUAUGGUCCCUGGUUUUUUCUGACGAGUUUAAUGCAGAGGGUCGCACUUUCUACGAAGGAGACGACCAAUUCUUUUAUGCUCCAGAUUUCAACUACGCUGCCACAAAGGAUUUGGAGUGGUAUGACCCAGAUGCUGUUACCACGGCAAAUGGAACUCUUGUUCUGCGUAUGGAUGCUUUCAAGAAUCACGACCUCUACUACCGUAGUGGAAUGCUUCAUUCGUGGAACAGGCUAUGUUUUACUCAAGGAGUUCUCGAGAUCUCUGCGAAGUUGCCAAACUACGGAAAUGUGACCGGUCUAUGGCCUGGUUUAUGGUCGAUGGGUAACCUCGGAAGACCUGGAUAUAUGGCUACUACUGAUGGAGUUUGGCCAUACUCCUAUGAUUCGUGUGAUGCUGGUAUCACUGCCAAUCAAUCAUCUCCUGACGGAAUUUCAUAUCUUGGUGGCCAGAGGCUGAACUCCUGUACCUGUAAAGGUGAAGAUCAUCCAAACAGGGGAACAGGAAGAGGAGCACCUGAAAUUGAUAUUAUUGAAGGAGAAGUAGACACGACAAUCAAGAAUGGUGUUGCUUCUCAAUCGAUGCAGAUCGCUCCGUUUGAUAUCUGGUAUAUGCCAGAUUACGAAUUUGUUGAGGUUUACAACGCAUCGAUCACCUCAAUGAACACUUACGCAGGUGGGCCAUACCAACAAGCCGUCUCCGGAAUCACAACUCUGAACACAACAUGGUAUGAGAUGGGUGCAACUGGCACUCCUAGGCGAUACCAGAAGUACGCGUACGAAUACCUCAACGACAAUGAGGAUGGUUACUGCCGGUGGUUUGUUGGAGAUAACCCAACCUUCACGGUUUACGCGAACGCACUGGCACCAAAUGGUAAUAUUGGAUGGAGACGUAUCGCGAAGGAGCCAAUGUCUAUCGUUAUAAACAUGGGUGUUUCCAACAACUGGGCCUACAUCGAUUGGCCCUCUAUCAAGUUUCCAGUCGAAUUCACCGUCGACUAUGUGCGGAUCUACCAGCCAAACGACUCGAUCUCACUUACGUGUGAUCCAACCGACUAUCCCACCUACGACUAUAUCCAGGAUCACCUGAAGGCGUACGACAUUUGGAAUUAUACCACUUGGGAGGAUGCUGGUUAUGAUAUCCCCAAGAACUCGUUGACUGGGUGUUAA